GCUGUGAGUAGUUUAUUUUUUGUUAUGCAGUGUAAUGAAAGUUCCUCUCUCCUCCUGGUGGAAUCACAAGCACUUCCUGCAGGAAGUUAGCUGUGGGUGAGAGGUCAGUGAACGCUGCUGGGACGGUGCUCGUGCACCGAGGACACACACACACACACACACACACACACACACACACACACACACUAACUACUGCAGCAUCCCGGGACAAUGUGACCCUUCUCGUAUCACCUUCAUUAGCCAAGCGCAGGCGGGCCGAGCUGGAAAGCCGGCGGGAGAGCGGAGUUUAUUGGGCGGGCAGUCAGGCUGCGGAGACGGCGAGGCUGAAGGUGCGGUGAUGUUUGCAGGCGUUGUCCCCAAACCCCGGUGCUGAGUGGAUCAUGCGCCAGUGGAGUCUCCGCGCUGUGGCUCCGCGCGCUGAGCCGCUCCCCACGGGCCGCGUGUCCCCGCAACUCUCAGAUGCCAGGAUGGAGUGCUGUGAUGUGGAGCCACGCUACACCAUCGAGCAGAUCGACCUGCUUCAGCGCCUCAGGCUGUCCGGCUUAACCAAACCUCAGAUCCUCCAGGCUCUGGAGUCUCUAGAGCGAUUGGAUCCGGAGCACCGCUCGCCUUUCUGUGACAAUCACUCAGCCCCGCCCAGGGCUCCUACCUCUGCAGCUCCGGCUGCACCUUCUUCCUCAUCCUCUUCAUCUUCCUCUCUCACCUCAGCUACCACACAGACUCCAGUUCUCGAUGCCGCACUGUCCCCCAGCAACAGUUACGACGCCUCGUCUCCACCCCUGUAUCCACCGGGUGGAGUUCAGAGGGCGUUCGCUUAUGACCUAGCAGAAGAAGACUGGGAUCUGGAAGAGAAGGUGGAGGAGUACAUGAGGAGGGACAGUAACCUGGUAAAAGAGGAAAUCAAGGCCUUCCUCAAUAACAGGAGGAUCUCUCAGGCUAUUGUCGGCCAAGUUACAGGUAUCAGUCAAAGCUACAUCUCCCAGUGGCUGCUGCAGCAGGGCCUGGAGAUGAGCGAUUCCAAGCGCAGGGCUUUUUACCGCUGGUAUCUGCUGGAGCGGAACAGUCCAGGGUUCAGAUGGACUGAAAACCAGCAUGCUCAGGGCAACAGGAGCAGGACUGACACCCCCUGGAGUAGACAAAGAGAACUUCUGAUGCACCUGCUCCCUUGGUACUCUGCGCAGCAGGCCCAGUCAGGUGCUACUCUGUCCAUGCGCUCGCUGGUCAAAGAGGAACCUGACUGGAGGGUUGCUGGCUGCCCUGGUGACAGGGUGGCAGUAGGUGGGCCUUUCAGACUGAGGCGGGGCAGCCGUUUCACCUGGAGGAAAGAGUGCCAGUCGAUCAUGGAGAGUUUCUUUAUAGAGAAUCAGUAUCCUGAUGAAGCCAGGCGAGAGGAGAUUGCCAACGCCUGCAACUCGGUCAUCCAAAAACCAGGGUGCAAACUUUCUGAGUUUGAGAGAGUCACUGCUCUGAAAGUCUACAACUGGUUUGCAAAUCGCAGGAAGGAGAUGAAGAGACGUGCCAACAUUGAGGCUGCCAUUCUUGAAAGCCAUGGCAUAGAAGUGCCAAGUCCCAGCUGUCACUCUAACGGUGAAGAGGUUGAGAACCAGGAGUUUGGAGAUCAGGUUGUAAAUCAGCGAUUUCCAGAUCAGGAAGAGCUCGCUCAGAGAAAAGCCAAUGAGCCAGAUGGAGCCACACUGCCUGCAGUGGAAGUAGUGCCUCUUUCAAGCCCCGCUACUCAACACGUGGAUCAGAAGAUGGAUGAAUCAAAAAGGGAGGCCGCUGAUGAGGAAUGAGCGAAGGCUAAGCAGUCCGCAUAAUGUUUUAGAGGGGUGAAAUUGUGCUGCUUACUGUCCCUCUUUUCGAGAUCAGGUGGGGGAGGACGUGCGUGUGGGUGUGUGUGUGUGUGUACGGCGAGACACCAAAUUGCCUCUAGUGCUAUGGGGGCAAUUGUAUGUAUCUACAGUAAUCACGCUUGUAGUAAUGGCAAUAUUUAUCUCUAUACACUGUAUUGUGCAUUCCAAGAAGUCUUAAUGCAUUAAGAGGAAAAGACAAUUAUGGUGCAGAAAUGCUAACCUUCCACCUCAUGCUAAAGCCUUUAUUAUUAUUAUUAAUCUUUUUUUUAUUUUUAUUUUUUAUUUUUUUUUUUCUCUUUUCGCCCUCUCCAUCUUCUCACUAUUCUCAAGUGUAACAGUUUAACAGUAGAAACCUCAUGCAGCAGGAGUCAGGAGUGUAAGAGAAACCUGCAGGACAGGUGCUUGGCUCUGACGAUGGCAUGCACUCGAUUUGCGGUGCUCGUAUGAUUGCAGGAAGAGAGCGACGAGAAGUCCUUAGCCAUAUGCAAUAGUUCUCAUGUGAGAGUGGAACCUGAACGCCACCAUUUACUCAGGUAAAGCUACAUUAGAGAAUUGAUGGAGAAGCAGGCCCAUUUUCUCACUCACUAUAGCUAAUAUCACUUCGGGGGAAAAAAACACGUCUCACGUACACGUCAAACAGCAUUGCUCAGUUUUUUUCCUUUUGGCCUUUAAUAAACAAAGCGAACCGUUUUCUCUGUAAGCAGUGAUCUAGCUGUAAUAGCGCAGGGUCAUGACUCAAUCGUUUUUAUAUUUAACCACUACUUAAAGCCUCUCUUUACUCAGUCAUUUAAGCUGGUGUGAUCGAUGACUGGAGUUUGGGCUCUAAAUUGUUCAUUUUUUUAAAUAUUUUGCUAUGAGCACCAUUAUUACUUUAAUAAGCUACUACAGUAUUAUAACAUUAUUAUAACUGUAACAGAUUUAGAAUAUAAUGUGUAAAAAUAUGCCACAUUCCGGUGGACGAUAUACUGUUUUCUCCCUGUCUCUUUGAAGCCAAAGGUAUGUCCUGGAACUCAGAUCAUUUACAGAGAUGCUUUUUAUAAAGUCAGCAGGCAAAUGAAAUUGUGUUUCCCCGAGGUCCGUUAAAGAGGCGCGUGCCGAAAGGGGAACGCUCUCCGUGCAUAGGAAGACUUAUAAUAUUUCAGUCCUCAGCUCUGUUAAAUGGAAACAGGAAGCAGAGUCGCACGCUUUCAAGAUCCAUUUCUGUCUGCAUUUCUGUCCCCAAUGACUUCAAUAAAACCAGUAUAUUAUA